UAGGAUGCGACUCACCGAUGAAGGACCCCACGUUGGCGUGUGCGAAUAUUGAUAUGGCAGAAGUGAAGGUCAAAAAAGAAUCUACCGAUCCCGUGGAAAUCGAAAAUCGGAUAAAGGAGCUUUGCCAGCAGUUUCCACAUGGAAUAACAGACCAGGUUAUUCAGAAUGACAUGCCUCACGUGGAGGCCCAGCAGAGGGCGAUGGCCAUCAACAGACUGCUGUCAGUGGGACAACUCGACCUGUUAAGGAACAGCACCGGACUGCUGUACCGACUGAAGGACACACAGACGGCUAGUAAAAUGAAGGGAUCAGACAACCAAGAAAAGCUGGUGUAUCAGGUUAUUGAAGAUGCAGGAAACAAAGGGAUCUGGAGUAGGGAUAUCCGGUACAAAAGCAACCUCCCCCUGACAGAGAUCAACAAGAUCCUGAAGAACCUGGAGAGUAAGAAACUUAUCAAGGCUGUCAAGUCUGUGGCUGCCUCUAAGAAGAAGGUUUACAUGCUGUACAACCUGCAGCCCGAUCGCUCUGUCACGGGGGGAGCCUGGUACAGUGACCAGGACUUUGAGUCAGAGUUCGUGGAGGUGCUGAACCAGCAGUGCUUCAAAUUCCUGCAGAGUAAGGCAGAAGCAGCGAGGGACAGUAAGCAGAGCCCCAUGGUCCAGAGGAACAGCUCCUUUGCCACCUCACAUGAAGUGUGGAAGUACAUCUGUGAGCUGGGCAUCAGCAAGGUGGAGCUCUCCAUGGAGGACAUCGAGACCAUUCUGAACACGCUGAUCUACGACGGCAAGGUGGAGAUGACCAUCAUCGCCGCCAAAGAGGGGACCGUGGGCAGUGUGGACGGGCAGAUGAAGCUCUACAGAGGCGUCAAUCCCAUCAUCCAAUCCACGGGCCUGGUCAAGACUCCCUGUGGCCUGUGUCCCGUGUUUGACGACUGCCAUGAAGGUGGUGAGAUUUCUCCCUCUAACUGCAUUUACAUGGUGGAGUGGCUGGACUUCUGACCAAAACACUUCUCACAGUAUAUGAAAGACUGGGAUGGUGCCAGCUGAUAUUUUUAUUUUUUACUCGUAGACGCGCCAUUUUAUUUUGGGAGACAUCUUCACAGUGACUAAUUUAGCCUUUGUAAAUAUGUCAAACUGACCAGGAGUGAUGUGGCCUUACGUCUUUGUGGUUGGAUCCUUUUUUUUUUCUUCUGCGUCUCCCAGUGUUUUCCACAUGGAGUUUGACCUUUUCGUUUUCUCCAAAGAAUUGAAAAGACUACUUUGCACAUGAAAGAAAAAUCUUGGAGCAGA